AGGGGUGCGCUGCGUCAUUGGUGGAGGGGGGGCUGCAGAUGGGUUUGGAGGCAGCAGCCCCUGCACUGUCCUGGCGAGAGGGCAGUUCGGUCCGCAGGACUACGGUGCUGAUUCCCUGUAAACCCCUCACUUACCUUAUACUCGAGCUGCUCGUGGGUACAGUGGAAAGAAGCCCAAAACGGGGCUUGGUCAGUGAGGGUACAUAUUUUACCUCUUGGGGUCUAGGAGAAAAGAGUUUCAUCCUUCCUUCCUUCUUUCCUUUCCUUCCAGUUUGCAAAGUGAAUAGCGGUCCUGUCAGCAAAUCUUUGGGAGACAGCAGAAGAGCUUAAUCAGGAAGUCUACAGGCAAAGGCUUUAAAUACUCUAAAUUACCUGGGGUCAUUAAAACAGUGGGCGUAGAGCUCAUUCUGUGUCUGCUAUUAGGGCCAGAUUUCUUCUGAUGGCCAGUACCAGAUAGCACCAAUGUCCGAAGAGCAAAUGCACAUAUAUAAAAAUAGGGAAACUAAGGCCUUAAACACAAAUUGCAUUAGAGAGGCAUAUUAUGAGUUUUCAGAAUGACUUCCUUGGCUGACAUGCCCCCGAAUUAUGAAACGAUGUUUGCUCAUCGAUUCACAUCAGAAGAUAAAGAAUACCAAGAAUACCUGAAACGCCCUGCAGACCCCCCUCCCAUAGUUGAAGAAUGGAGAAACAGAUCUGGUGGCAACCAGAGAAACAGAGAUCGGUUUCAAGAUGGCAGAUAUUUCAGAGGGGACAGGUACAACUGGCACGGUGACUACAGAUCUAAUCAGAGGCCAGAAAGAGGUUGGGGUAAUAACUACCAGCAGCACAGACAAGGACAAUACGGCUCAUCCCACUACGGACAAUAUGGCUACAACUCCUACAACCCAGGACCUCGCUACCAUCCCUACUGAUGGACCUGGGGAUUGAAAGUCCAGUAAUGCUAUGUAAUAAAUUCAGUUAGCUUUCAGUUUUUUUAUUUUUCCACAGUUUUACAGAUAACUGAAGAAUCAGUCCGUUGCUGUUUCUCUGUAGUGUGAAAUGAAAAAGGGAAUGCCUGUUACGAAUAAUAAAAGCGUAUUAUACAGAGUUUGUUUAGAGUCUGUAGAUUUUAGAUUAAAUUUCUAUCUUGUCCUUUUGUCUGAAUAUGUACUAGUACACACCUUUUGUUCCACCACUGAGAUUUCUGUCAGAUUUUAGAAAACAAAACAGGGGAGGAUAGCUGUGGUUUGUGUGCAGCCUGUAGUAGUGGCACAUUGCCUUAAGAUAGUUCUUUUUGAAAAUAACUUUUGUCUUUCUGUGGAGAGAAAUUCUUAGUUUGGCUUUUGAUGGUGAGAAAAGUUUAGUUUGGUUUCACAUGCCUUAAAACUGAGAAGAGAGAUCCUAUUACAGAUAUAUUUUCUGGGGUCAGCAUAGUGUCUGUUUACUCAAUGGCUUCAAUUCAUUUGCAGAAUUCCUCUUAAAUGUGGUCUGAAAGUUGGAAUAAAAAUAAGUAGUUAAAUAUGGAUCUUCUUGUUGUAGCAGUUCAGUGAUAUAUAAGUUUACCUCAGAAGUGGUAUCAGAUUAAUCUGUGUGAUCUUAAAUAAGUUUGGUAUGUACGUGACACAUUUUGGAAUUCCCAUUUUAGUAAACCUGUAAAAAUUGACAAUAUUGUAGUUUGUAUAAAAUACUUUGUGCAUGUUAUAGUACUGCUCUGUACUUUUACCUGCAUGAGAAAAUAGCAUAAGCAGAGCAGAGUGUUAUUCACUUCCUAGAAUUUAAGAUUUAUGGGGGUUUUUUUAAGUAUUCACACAAUAAAGGUAUAGUUCACAUGUAA